GGUGCAAUAAUAUUGGUGCUCGUGAUAACAAGUCUGAUUUCAGUUUACGCUAAAAUUGACGGCGCCGGAAAAGUAUGCGACGAACUUGGGCGGAGAUCAUUGAGUACAAGACCACACAGUGUCUCAAUUGCAGAGUUUGGAGCUGUGGGAGAUGGCAAAACGCUGAACACUCUUGCGUUUCAGAACGCCGUUUUCUAUCUAAUGUCCUUCGCCGACAAAGGUGGGGCCCAGCUCUAUGUUCCUCCCGGGAAAUGGCUCACCGGAAGUUUCAGCCUCACCAGCCAUCUAACUCUCUUUCUCGAAAACGGCGCCGUUAUAGUUGCAUCCCAGGAUCCAUCGCACUGGGAAGUUGUUGAUCCGUUACCGUCAUAUGGACGAGGGACUGAUUUGCCGGGGAAGCGAUACAAGAGUUUGAUAAACGGUCAUAUGCUACAUGAUGUGGUUGUAACAGGUGACAAUGGUACGAUAGAUGGUCAAGGCUUGGUUUGGUGGGAUCGGUUUACUUCUCGUUCCUUGAAGUAUAACCGUCCUCACCUCGUCGAGUUUAUUUCAUCCGAAAAUGUCAUUGUCUCGAAUCUUACGUUCUUGAAUGCUCCAGCUUACACAAUCCAUUCGAUUUACUCUAGCCAUGUAUAUAUUCAUACGAUAUCAGCUCAUUCUUCUCCAGAGUCUCCUUACACAAUCGGUAUUGUACCAGAUUCUUCUUAUAACGUGUGCAUCCAAAACUCAACCAUUAACAUGGGGUACGACGCGAUUUCCCUGAAAAGCGGUUGGGAUGAAUACGGAAUUGCUUAUUCUCGUCCCACUGAAAAUGUUCAUAUCAGAAACGUUUACCUUCGAGCAGCUUCUGGUUCUUCUAUUUCCUUUGGUAGCGAAAUGUCCGGUGGAAUAUCCGACGUCGUGGUCGAUAAUGCUCAUACACACAACUCAUUGACCGGCAUCGCCUUUAGAACCGCGAAAGGAAGAGGCGGUUACAUCAAAGAGAUCGAUAUUUCGAAUAUCCAUAUGUCGAGAGUCGGUACUGCCAUUGUUGCUAAUGGUAGCUUUGGAUCUCACCCUGAUGAUAGAUACGACGCAAAUGCUCUUCCGCUAGUGACUCACAUUAGACUAAACAACAUUUAUGGAGUAGAUAUCGGCAUUGCGGGAAAACUGUUUGGGAUCAAAGAGUCUCCGUUUAGCUCGGUGGCUUUAUCGAAUGUCUCAUUGUCGAUGAGCUCUGCUUCUUCUUCAACUGUUUCUUGGCAAUGUUCCUACGUUUACGGGUCUUCGAAAUCGGUAAUACCUGAACCGUGUCCCGAGCUUAAGAGAGUUGAUAAUGCUUACGGUAAAGCUGCAGUCUAA